AUGGCGCCCAUUUCAGCUUUCACUGGAGCUCUGCUCGGCGCUUUAUACCUGGCACCUCUGGGAAGUGCCGCCGCUGUCCAGAGAGUGUCCUCGGUAUCCGAUGCCGGAGCUCCGCUCUUCACCAACGAACAACUGCAAUUGACCGAACAGAUCCUGUCCACUGCAGCCCCCAAUCACACCGCUCUGUUUGACUUUGCCAAGAACAGCAGUUUGAGUGCCUGGGCUCACGAUGCGUGCAAGGUCUUCCCUGGAGAUGUCGCAUGGCCCUCAAAGUUUGUGUGGGCCCUGUUUGAUGAACUACUGGGUGGUGCCCUCAUUAAGACCGUGCCUCUGGCGGCUGCUUGUUACUCCUCUUGGCCCGAGUAUGAUAGUGAUGAGUGUGACACUAUCACUACGGAUUGGACAAAUUCCAACCUGCACGCGGCAGAUCCGGCCUCGGUGAUGUGGCCCUUGUUCGAGGGCAGAACUUGUCUCCCCACGACGAAUGCAUCUGCCUCAUGCACGGUCGGUGGCUACAGCAGCUAUGCCGUAAACGUCAGCAACGUGGCUCAGAUCCAGUUGGCUGUCAACUUUGCUCGUAACGCUAAUCUCCGUCUGGUCGUCAAAAACACCGGUCAUGACUUCAAUGGCAAGUCUACAGGUGCCGGUGCCCUGGGUAUCUGGACUCAUCACUUGAAGGAUAUCGAUUAUAUCCCGAACUAUAAGAGUCGUACCUACGAGGGUCCUGCCGUGAAGAUGGGUGCUGGUGUGCAGGCUCAUGAGAUUUAUGAGAAAGCCAACGAGCUUGGUUUCACCGCGGUUGGUGGUGAAGGCAAGACUGUUGGAGUUGCCGGUGGUUAUGUCCUCGGUGGCGGUCACUCGCCCAUGUCCAGCAUGUACGGCCUGGCUGCUGACCAGGUCUUGGCUCUCGAGGUUGUUUUGGCCAAUGGUCGGUUCGUCACCGUGACUGAAGAGUCUGAUCCCGAUCUCUUCUGGGCCAUCCGUGGUGGCGGUGGUGGCACCUUCGGUGUUGUCACCUCGGUCAUUUCCCGUGUCUACCCCAAGGUUGGUGUCACUGUAUCCACCUUCAGCUUUGGCACUGGGACCAACGUCUCCGCGGAUACCUUCUGGGCCGGCGUCCGUGCUUACGUUGAGCGAUUCCCUGCCCACGCCGAUGCGGGCACCUACGCCUAUUUCUGGGUCAUUGCGACCGGGAAUGACACUUUUGAGUUCUUGAUGAACCCCUUCUUCGCAACUAACCACACCCUGGCUGAGUACCACGCUCUCGUAGAGCCUUGGUAUAAGGAUCUGGCAGAUCUUGGAAUCUAUAUCACUCCCAACUCCACCUACUACGACAACUACUACGACGCCUGGAUGGCUGGCUUCCCCCUUGAGACCGUCGCAUCCUCGGUGAUGAUGACUGGUUCUCGUCUGUUCCCUCGUGCCAACUGGGAGACCGCCUCCUUGUUCAACUCAACCUUUGACGCUCUGCGAACAACAGUUACUGCCGGAUACUCCCUGCUCGCUUUCAACAUGAAGGCCGAGUUACAGGAUGGCUACCCAUCCAACUCUGCCAACCCGGCCUUCCGCGAGACUCUCCUGCAUGCCAUCACUUCGACCAGCUGGAGCAGCACCGCCAACAACACUGCCAUCAAGGAAGCAAUGGAGACCUUCACCAACAAUAUCAUGGGCAUCUGGCGGGCUACCUGCCCGGAUUCCGGUGCCUAUAUGUCUGAGUCCGACAUUCUUGAGCCCAACUUCAAGGAGGCAUUCUACGGUUCCAACUACGCCCGCUUGUGGGAGCUGAAGCAGAUCUACGACCCCACUUUCCUCUUCUACACUCCCACUGGUGUUGGAAGUGACAACUGGGUUGUAAACAGCGAGGACGGUCUUCCGGACCAAAAUGGUCGUCUGUGCCGCGUCUAA